AUGUUGCCAACUGCAAGAGGUAGAGUCCUCCAGCGCUAUGCUUAUAACAUCUCCAUGUUCGCUCAGACGCCGUUGGUUUCUAGCAUCUCCACAAUUCCUCAAGUCACUCGCUUGCUCAUAGGCCUUUUUCUCCAAGAACAAGAAGCGCAUUCGGUGUAUGCAUGCCCUUCUCCCCUUUGCCUCAGUUCUCCCGGUCAGGCUCGUUUUACAGUCGUCUCCAGAGCCCUUUUCAGACAACAGUCGUUACAAGUUCCACUCGCACAGCCGCCAUGUCCUACAACUUGCCCAGCCCUUGCACCUCCCCUCCUGCUUCAGCACCCAAUGCAUUGGCUAAUUACUUCAUUAGCCAUUCCAGCCUAUCCCCUCUUACUUACAGGCUUGCCAAACGAAAUCGAGCCACGAACAGAUGACGCUCGACCUGGCAACUCACUUAGGCGUCGUCACUUGGAGCACUCUGGGCAACUAAGCUCUUCGAUACACAAGGAGUGA